AUGUCGGAUCAAUCAAGCAAAAGCGCGCAGCGCAACGGUAAGCCGAUUCCCGAGACCCCUGAUGUGGGCAUCGAUACCAACCUGCCUCUGCUUCAUCAUGUAUCAAAUGAUUUAAACUCCCAACGAGGACCGACAUCAAGCUAUGCCGACCGGUCUCACAACUCAGAGAGCUCCGCAGACCCCAACUCAAGCCGCAGCAAAAGCGUUGCUUCGAGCACCGCAUACAUGCCUCAGUCCGGGAAAGAAGCAGGCAUAGUUGGAAGUGCACCUCAUCAGCAAGAUCGUCAUAAGACCAAUGCAGACCCAGAUGAACGUCGUCGGGAAGAUGUCGCUGGGAGCACUCGCUGGAUUCCCAUGGCUGGAAAACCGACUAAGACUUCAUCUCUCUGA